AUGAGUCAGCCAAAUCCAGAAAAGGUUCUUGAAGCCUUGAACAAACUUCAGUCAUCACAAGAAAUCUCAAUCAUCAGACUCAGUGAACCCAUCUCAAGCUCAAGGCCUCAAGAUGCCCGGCAACGAACAUCAGAUGCAUCAAAUUCAGCCUUUGACGCGCCAACUCCCGCAGGCUUAACAGCCGAUCUAGAACACUACAAAGAGCUCUUCGCCAAAUUGCGCUUUUCAUAUGUACAGCAAGUCACAAAGGAAAAGUUCAUCCGAGCCAUUGUCGGCGACCCACCAAUGAUUGUCACGAUGGAAGAGAAUCUGGAACUUGAAAAGGAAAACGCGGUUACAAAGAAGCAACUCAAAGAACUCAAAACAGAAGUGGCGGAUAUGGUGGCAGAUCUUGAGAGGAGAGGCAUCGAGCUUAGCCAGAAGUACGAGAGUGUGCAACUUGAAACGGCAAAGCUGCGUGAGAUGCCUACAAAGAUCCAGGAUUUGGAAAUGAGAAUUGAACAACUACGCACAGAACUAGAAACACCAGAUGGAUCCGCCCCCAGCAUGAAUCUGCCUUUAGCCAAAACCCAGGAUCUCGUCAACCAACGCAAGCUGGAACAGCAGGAACUCGCGCGAGAGCUGGAGUCCUUACAAGCCAAGGUCCCUCGGAAAAGAAAGGAGGCUGAAAGACUUCGUAUUGAGCUGCAGCCUCUUGAGAACAAGCGCCAAAAUAGCGCGACUGCUGCGCGUGAGGCGAGGAGGAGAAAGGAGGCCGCUUUGGGUGGUGCAGCGGACGACCUGGAGGAGAGAGCUCGCUGGUGGAGAGCGAGUGAGGGUGUGUUGACGCAGGUUUUGGAUAUCAAGAAUUAA